ACAGCCUUACACGCAGCGACGCUGUUGGGGGAGCUCGAGAUGGUGAAGGAGCUCAUGGGGGCCGGGGCCGACCCCCGUGUACAGGACAAGGAAGGCCGGACCGCUCUGCACAUCUGUGCUAUGAAGGGGUAUCUGGAGAUAGCGGAGUUCUUGAUU